AUGUUCCAGGACAUGUCAGACACUACAACAGCCAUCACAGCUCAACUACAUCAAAUCAAUAUCAACUUCAAUCCCCACCCAGCUCUCUCAUCAGAAGGAGAAUUCAUUGAGAAUGUGAUCAACUGCACUCAAGCAGUCCUGCUAACUGCAAAGAACUUCUCUUUCACAGUGAAUUAUAAGCUCAAUGCUCUGCUGAGUCAUGUCAACAACUUCUUCUCUGCAGAGCUAGCUGCAGUGCUUGAGCUAUAUAAUAAGCUAUCUACAGUACUGAAUCUGAUACUCUGCACUUAUGAGAACUCUCUAUCACAUCAGACUGCUGUACUAAGGCAAGUCAUGGAACAUGACAUAGUCAAAGUCAUUAAAGACCUCACUGCUGAAUCAAAGUCUAUGUUGAUGUAUGCUACUGCCACAACAGCUAAGACAAUCUUCUCAAACAAUUUUCUUCAGACUGUUUCAGCAAUGAGACAAUCUCAUAAGAAGCAGAUACAGCAGAUCAACUGUUCUCUGCAUCAAGAACAGAAAGAUAAACAAGUCAUGAUUAAACUAUCUGCAGCACACACUGCUUGUGACCUAGACCUUCAAACUAUUCAUGAACAAAUACACAUCAUGAUCUCUGAUCUGAUCUGGAUCACUGAUGUAUGA